GUUUGUGUUACACUUCCGCAUGCGUCAUGAGGACGUGACUGUGGUUAAACGCUGAGCAACGGCGCCAUCUUGUGUUCGAUUUCCGGUCAAGGCACUCGCUCGCGCGUCUCCUGGUUGCCAUGUCGACAGGUUCUGUCAAAAUUUAUACAGAUCGCUGAUCGUGCUAGCUGUGUAAUCAUUUACAGAAUAAAAAGUACUUGAUAUAUGAUUUCUGGAAGAGGAUUGAGAGUUUAAAGAUAAACCAGUCAGGAGAAUGGAGUCAUUAAACUUUUCAUCAGCAGUAAGGUCAGCACAAGCCUUCUUUGAGAAAUACGACUGGAGAGAAGUUCAGGAGCUGCUCAGUCUCACUUCCUGCAGCUGGUUAUUGGGUGGAGAGGAUUUCCUCCAGCCGGUAGAUCCUCCACCUGGAAUGAUCAGACAAAUCCAAGCUGUAUUUCACCCCAACGCCAUCAUCCUGGCCCCCUGUGACUCUGGGGUGUCUAUGGACUACAGAGUGGUCCAUCAGAUAAUCCGAGAGCUCACAGUGGGAAUAUAUUGCUUCAACCAAGUGCCGUCCAUCAGCCUGGAACCUAACCCUGAUCAGAGCUCUGUGUGCCACCUGACCCCAGCCUACUGUGACACCAAGGUGGGACAGAUCCUCAUAAACAUUGAUUACACCAUGAAGGCCCUGUGGCAUGGAGCGUACAUUCCUAAAGAAAAACGCCCCUGUUUCCUGGAACUGUGGAGGUCCAGCAUGGAUAUGGAGCCCAACAGAGUUCCUCAGGCUGAUAAAGACAGGAUUGCUGAGUUUCUUGCAGCAGGUUUAGUGGACAUUUCUGAUGACCCAUGUUACCAGGACAUAUACGAAGAAGACAAACACAACCCCGACCCGACCUACGAGCCUGACAGUGCAGAGGAGCGGAAUCUCUUCUCUCAGUAUGCAGAAAACAUCCUAAUAAAGAUCACCUCAUACCUGACCUCGGUCCGUCAGCACGAGAACCUGUGCACCUUCGAAGGCACACACAGCCUGUCCAACGUGGUGCGUCUGACGGAGGAUACGCUGGAGCUGAGCACGUACCAGCGGCUGCAGCAGAGGCUCUCUCGCCACAUCAGGUUGGUGAAGAAACACCUGGGGCGCAAAGUGGAGCUGGCCCGUGACCUGGCCUACCUCAAGCUCAUCAGCUUCCUCGUGCCUUUCCUCAUCGGCCUGAGGAAGAAGAUGAGAAUUCCGGACCUGUCUCAAAUGCUCCUGCCCAUCUCAGAUGACAUGCUGAAAACCGAGCGCGAGUUGCCGCCUCUUCUCCUCGCACCUAAAUUUUCCUGUAAGCACUUCCCAUACAAACCCAACGAGUAUUUCCAUCUUCACGGUGGGAUUGAGGUGGACGUUGGGACUCCUGAGCUGGAGCACAUCACUGAAGAGAUGAAGGUUGCCUUUACAACUCUACAGAAUCAGGCAGUGAGCUAUCUAAAUGACCUACUUCGGCAAGACGCCACCUACAAGGAGCACUUUCCAAUCCCCCUCAGUGAGAUCGAUGGAAAAAGCUACAGCGUGAUCGUCAUCGCACUGGAAUCCUUCUACCCCCAACCCAACAGUGUGCAGUGGUGGGAAGCUAUGAACAAGGCCAUCAGAAACAUGCGGGAACAGAAACUGCCCUUAACCGACUUUCAGCUUUAUGAGCAAUUUAAGAAAACCUUUGGUUAUGCCAAAGCCAUUCAGUGCAAGAGCGUACCGUAUGGACUGCGUGCAGCUGCAGAGCGUGGCCUCUCCGCCGCAUUUCACACGCUGAGCCAUAAAAACCCUCUGGGCCACCUGGGAGCGCUAGACGAGCGAGGCUACUCUUUACUCCACCACGCCGCCAUGUGGAACCAGCCGCACAUAAUCUACCAGCUGGCAGCUGCUGGCAUCAACCUUAACCAGACAUGCAUCGGGAGGUUCAUCUGCUCCGGACUCACACCGCUGCACCUGGCCGCUCAGUGCGGCUCUCUCGAGGCCCUCAACUGCCUGAUCGCUCUGCAAGCCGACUUCACUCUCGCGGACAGGAGAGGCUGGCUAGCUGUGCACUUCUCCGCCUUUUACGGCCAGGUCUCAUGUGUCCAGGCCCUGUGCAGGAAAGAUCUCAGGUUGCUGGAUAUAUACACAUCUGCAGAGUACUGCAGCACGCCCCUCUUGCUCUCAGCCAUGUCAGGAUCUCAGGAGGUUUUGGACUAUCUGCUGUCAAAUGGGGCGAAUUGGAGAACGACAGACAGCGAGGGCAAUAACAUGGUCCAGCUGGCGGCCCUUUACUUCCACACCGACGUCCUCAGGCGUCUCAUUCAGCUGAAUCUGGAUGGCCUUCCUGUGUGGAGGAUUCUCGUAGAGAUGUUACAGAGUGAGGAGAACAGGAGGUUAGAGAUGGCCCUCAGAUGCAUGGAGGCUCUCUGUGUGAACGCUGACCCCUUCUGGAAGCACGUCAUGGAUGCAGGUGGGAUCUCAGUCCUGGUGGACAUUUUACUUAGCGGGAGGUUGUUGCUCCAGCGUAUGGCUGCGGCCGUGCUGUGUCACAUGACCAAGAAUGUUCUGGUGUGUGAGGAGCUGGUGCGCUUCGGUGCAGUCCAAGUCCUCAUCAAUCACCUCAGUAGCCAUCAUCCAGAGCUUCAGUCGCGCUGCACUGUUAUCCUGACCGACCUGGCCGGUCACAGCGGGACGUAUCAGACUCAAAUCACCGAGCUGGGUGGGGUCGCCUCAGUGGUACAACUGCUGACCUCUGACCUCCAGGACGUGCUGGUGAACGCCGUCAGAUGUAUCCGGGCGCUGUGUGUCGCCUGUCCCCAUAACCAGACCAUGGUGGCACUUUGUGGCGCAGUCCCACAACUGGUUGAUUUACUCACCGUGAACUGUGAGCUACUUCAGGGAGAGGUGUGUCUGGCUCUGGCUGAGCUGGCCUGUGACCACAGGGAGAACCAGAACCUGAUUUGUGGCGCGAAUGCAGUGACCUCUGUGGUGCAGGUCCUGAGCUCCAGAAAGACCUCCAACCAGGUGAAAGCCGCCAAAGCCCUGGAAGCCAUAGCGCACCAGAAUCCUGUCAUACAGGAACACUUUCUGAACCAAUCCGCUACCAGACCCCUUCUAUGGCUCUUAAAGGUUUUCGAUCAGGAGGUGAGGGAGCAGGGUGCGACGGCUCUCUGGGCCUUAGCAGGACACACACGGAAACAGCAGAAGCACAUAGCCCAGCUCAUCAGCUACCGCUUCGUCCUGGAUCUGCUCCUGUCCACGUCGGAUAAAAUGCAAUACGUGGGAUGCCAGGCGGUGAUAGCCCUAAGCCGAGACUGCCGCACCCAUCAGAACGGACUGUGUCGGGAGAACGGCGUGCCACCGUUAGUGCGACUCCUGCGCUGGUCCCGUACUACUGAGAACACUCUGCUCGGUGGCGUCGCCGCACUCAGGGCCCUGUGCAUUGGAGUGGCACACACGAAUAACCGACACAGCCAAAAUGUGAUUUAUGGGGAAAAAGCCGUUCCGACGUUGCUGGAGCUUCUGCAAAACCACAAAUCUCUACAGGUUAAGGUCCAGGUCUCUCAGACUCUAGCUUGCAUCUUGAUGAGCAACCAGGAGCUUCAGACCACCUUCUGGGAACAAGAAGACUUCUCCUACGACAUCAUCCUGGAGCUGCUACAAGCCCAAGACAGAAGCAUCCGUCUGGAGGCAGGACAUGCCCUGGCGCUGUUCGCAUACAAUAAUCCAAAGCAGCAGAAGGCUAUUGAGAAAACUGGAGGAGUUCCAGUGCAGGCAUUUGAAACAUUUUUAGGUUCAGAUGACGAAAGCGAAAGGGCCAAAGCUGCAUUUCAGAUGAUUGUGCUAGCUAAAGUGAUUACUGGCUCUGAUCAGGUAACACUGACUGCGAGAGGAGUCACGAUUCUGGUAGAAUUACUACAAUCAGAUAAAAACACUACGGUGGUCAUUACAGCAGAGUUCCUGGCCAGCCUGGUCCACACCAGAGCAGGUAUCCCAGAUGCCGUCGUCACUAUGGGAGCGAUAGAGCACCUCUGUGCUCACCUGUACUCCGAGGAUGAGGAGGUGAGAACAGCCUGCGCCAGCGCCCUCGGGUACCUGAGUUUCAACUGCUUUGCACAUCGCCUCCUGCUGGUGGAAUGCAGGAAAAACCCGAACACGUACCGAGCGCUGAGGGACAGUAUAGCCACGGACGCCAAAAUAUGCCACAAGUUCACUUCCGAGUUCAAAAGACAGAGCAGAAUGGGCCUUCCGUCUCUCAGUUUCGAGGCGAAGGGGCGACUGACUGUCCCUCAGAGCUUUAAUGAAGAUGCACCUAAGAGAAGGAACACGUCCCACGGCACUGAUAGAACCCGCUCGGCCCCGGAGCGGCAUCCCCGCAGGAGCAGGACGGCUGAUCCCGGAGCCCUGACUCGAGCCAGAGACUCUUCCUGCGGUUUGGAUCCAUGUCUGGAAACCCUGAGCCUCAAUACUGACAUGUGA